AAAGGGCUGAUAGAUAUAAACUCCCAUAAAUGAAAAUACAAAACUUAUAUCCCUUUUAUAAAUGCUAGUGAUUUAUACAGAAAACUUUUCAAAUCAAGUCCAGUAUUAUUUUUAUAUUUCAAUAUCUACUUAUGUUUUAAUUAUAUAUUUAUAUAAUUUUUAUAUUUAUAAAAAAUGAUUCCAACAAAUGUUAUAGCUGUAGCUAGUUUAUUUUUUAUAAUAAGCAAUGUGAGUGAAUGUGCCCAGGUCGAUGAGUUUUUAGUUGAACCAUCACUAGGAACUCCUGUGGAAAUAGAUGUGAAAUGUUUUUGGGAAAUGGAUGUUGAAAAUGAAGACUUUCAUAAAUUAGUCAUCAAAUUAAACGGAACGGCUGUUUAUACUUGGGAUCAAAAGAAUGGCAAAAAGCCAGAGGUAAAUAACAACUUAGGACUACAAUUAGAAAUGAAACCACAAAGGGGUCGGUUUGUCAUCAAAAAUGCCGGUGCCAGUGCAAUGGGAAUGUACCAGUGUGAUAUCGACUACUAUAGCAACAAGGUCCAAAAAGGGUACAGUUUACAAAUGGAGGGAGCGAUACAGGUGUAUAUGGAUAACAAUCACGUUGUCCGCAAUCAGACCGUAGACCACUACUCGCCCAAUACGGCAAAGACAUCUCAGGGCAUCUCAUCCAUUGUUAUGACUUUAUUUCUUAUAUUCACCACUAAAGUGAUGAACAUGUGAUACAAAUAUACUUUUAUUUAUAAUUAUCAUUAUACAAAAUACUAUUAGUGUAAUAUAUUUGAUGCAGCU